AUGAACAAUCGUGCAAAGGAAAAAUUUGUAAAGGCUAAAACCCAAACAGAAUCUCCAUGCCAUUUCAGAAAAAAACUCCCAAUUCCUCAGCGACCUACAGCGCCCAUAUCCAAAAUCCUUCCAUUUUUAUGCAAGAAAACUGAUCCUCAAAACAAACCUUCAUUUAUUGCAAAUGAAGACGAUCAUAUUCCAUUGCCACCCUGUCGACCAUUAUCACAGCCCCCAUCUCCAGAAGUUUGGAUAAUAUACAUUCCGACGUUCCCUGAUGUUGGGGGCAGAUCCUUACCUCCCUGUAAGACAAUGAAGGGCACCUUAUCAAGGGAUUACUCCAGCAGUCCCAAUAAGAAAUUCGGUGCCAGUUUUCUCUGCAACACCACGUCCAUCACCUUCACAUCCAAUUCAGCCCCAAUCUGUGAGAGUAUCCCCGCCUGUUUGUGUCAGGCAGGUAGUUCUCACGCUCUUCCUGUCCAUAUAGGAAGCCCAACACCUGCAACAGUUUCUGCACCUCCAAAUAAAACGCUAGUUGAGGCUGAGGUAACUGUGAAGAAUUCUACUGGUGUUGCGCUGUGA